AUGGCUAUCUGUAACCUCCUCCGCCGCCGUUCCUCCCUCUUCAACCGUCUCUGUUCAGCCACCACCACCAGCCGGAGCCCUAUUCCGAUCUCACCCCUCCACCAACGCUUCUACAACAUCUCAAUUUCCCCGGAUAAUCAACAUCCGGAGACUAACACUGACAAUCAAAAUUCCGAGACGAGCCCAAUCCCUAAUUCAUUUCCAGCUAAUGAUCCUUCCCAGUUCCAUAUCCCUCCGAAUCACACCUAUCCCCCAAUCCCUCCACCGAUCCCGCAGCGAACCAUGGCCUUCUCAUCAGCCGAGGAAGCCGCGGCCGAGCGUCGCCGCCGCAAACGCCGUCUCAGAAUCGAGCCUCCUCUCCACGCUCUCCGAAGAGAUCCCUCAGCUCCUCCUCCGAAACGCGAUCCCAACGCACCGCGGGUUCCGGAUUCCACUUCCUCACUCGUCGGGCAACGGCUUAACCUACACAACAGAGUCCAGUCACUGAUCAGAGCAUCAGAUCUCGACGCUGCGUCACGUCUCGCUCGCCAGUCAGUGUUUUCCAACACUCGGCCCACCGUGUUCACCUGCAACGCCAUCAUCGCCGCCAUGUACCGAGCCAAGCGUUACAGUGACUCGAUUUCUCUGUUCGAGUAUUUCUUCAAGCAGUCCAACAUCGUCCCCAACGUUGUCUCCUACAAUCAGAUCAUCAACGCUCAUUGUGACGAAGGGCAUGUGGAGGAAGCCCUUGAAGUGUACCGCAACAUAAUAGCAAACGCUCCUUUUGCUCCGUCGUCGGUUACUUAUAGACAUUUGACUAAAGGUUUGGUUCAAGCUGGAAGGAUCGGAGAUGCUGCGAGCUUAUUAAAGGAGAUGUUGAGCAAAGGUCAAGCUGCGGAUUCGAUUGUGUACAACAAUCUGAUAAGAGGGUACUUGGACCUUGGAGAUUUGGUUAUGGCCAAUGAGUUCUUUGAUGAAUUGAAGUUAAGGUGUAUAGUUUAUGAUGGGAUUGUGAAUGCAACCUUUAUGGAGUACUGGUUCGAGCAGGGUAAGGAUAAGGAAGCUAUGGAGGCUUACCAUUCUUUGUUAAAUAAGAAAUUCAGAAUGCAUCCACCGACUGGAAAUGUGCUUUUGGAAGUUUUUCUCAAGUAUGGUAAAAAGAGUGAAGCUUGGGCUCUGUUCAAUGAGAUGUUGGAUAAUCACACUCCUCCCAACAUUCUUUCUGUGAAUUCGGAGACGGUUAGUCUAAUGGUGAAUGAAUGUUUCAAGAUGGGGCAGUAUACAGAAGCGAUUGAUACGUUCAAGAAAGUUGGGAGCAAGCCUACCUCGAGAGCGUUGGUGAUGGACUAUGUUGGUUACUGUAACAUUGUAACAAGGUUCUGUGAAGAAGGGAUGUUACCAGAGGCUGAGAGGUUCUUUGCGGAAGGUGUAAGCAAAUCCUUGCCUCCUGAUGCUCCGAGUCACAGAGCAAUGAUCAAUGCUUAUCUCAAGGCGGAGAGAAUAGACGAUGCGAUAAAGAUGCUGAACAGGAUGGUGGAUGUGAAUCUAAGGGUUGUUGCUGAUUUUGGUACGAGGGUCUUUGGUGAGCUGAUUAAGAAUGGCAAGUUCACAGAAUCUGCAGAGGUUUUGACUAAGAUGGGAGAGAAGGAACCGAAACCAGAUGCUUCUAUCUACGAGGUGGUGGUUAGAGGUCUUUCUGAUGGUGGUGCGCUUGACGUAGCCAAGGAUAUAGUUGGUGAGAUGGUUGGGCGUGGUGUUGGGGUUGCUCCCGUGCUCCGGGAGUUUAUCGUCGAGACUUUUGAGAAAGCAGGACGUCUUGAGGAGAUUGAGAAAGUCUUGAAUUCGGCUGCUUGGCCGGUUAGGAAGUCUGGUAACACUCCACCUAGUGUACCCUCAGUGUUUGGAAACACACUUGGAGCUCCUCAGCAGCCAAGAGACAAGGUCCCGUGGACGAGCCAAGGGGCGGGGCUUCCUAAUUCAGGCCGGGCCAAUGGAACUGCAGGUCAAACAGCAGGAGGAACUUACAAGGCUAAUAAUGGCGAGAAUCCGUCUUGGUCCAACACUUCGGUUAACCACCAGCAGCAGCAGCAGUCGUGGUCUAAUCAGACGGCAGGGCAACAGCCACCAUCAUGGUCGAAUCAGGCACCGGGAUAUCAACAGCAACAAGGGUGGUCAAAUCCUUCAGGUCAGCAGCAACCGUGGGCUAAUCAGACGUCUGGCCAGCAGCAACCGUGGUCUAAUCAGUCGUCUGGCCAGAAGCAACCGUGGGCUAAUCAGGCAGCUAGCCAGCAGCAACCGUGGGCUAAUCAGAACACUAGUCAGCAGCAACCAUGGGGUAAUCAGACAAGUGGCCAGCAGCAACCAUGGGCUAAUCAGACACCUGGCCAGCAGCAACCGUGGGCUAGUCAGACACCUGGCCAACAGCAACCGUGGUCUAAUCAGACACCUGGCCAACAGCAACCGUGGUCUAACCAGACAGCUGGACAGCAGUCAGCAGCGUGGAACGGGCAGCAGCAACAGUGGUCUAAUCAGCCAGCUAGCCAUCAUCAGUCACAGUGGUCAAAUCCCGCACCCGGACAGGUGUCUAAUCAGGCACCGAGGUCAAACUCUGUGGACAGUCAUCCUCCUCAACAACAAGAGCCAGUGUCCUCCAAUGGGUGGCAAGAUGGAGAAGAAGAGAAAAAGGUAGCUGAAUCGAGCAACUAG